GCGGGCCAGCGCUAGUGGAAAAGCGAGAAAAACGAGAAGCGAAAAAGGCGAUCGGCAAACAGCGAAAAGUGCGGACAGCAAGGCAAAGGCGACAGCAAAAGGUUGGUGGCACAAACCGGGCCACAGCCGCAGCCAGCAGAACCCAUCCCCCGGCAGCCGGAGCACCCGAUUCCAGAUCCAGCGCGACCCGACCAAAUGCGAUAAAAAUAGCCGCAUCCGAGCCGUCAAUCCGCCAGUCUAGCAGCACCCAGAAGUCCGCGAGGAGAUCGAGGAGGAGGAGUAGGAGGAGCCCCGGCCCCACAUAUAUGGUAUAGGCUAUAGGAGCUAGGAUACGUUGCCAAAAUGUCCCGACGUCCGCGUCUGUCCUUCAACAUAAUCAAACCGGCGGAGACUCCCAUCGUGCCGCCACGCAACCUGGACUCGCGGGCCACCAUUCAAAUAGGCGAUCAGACCUUCGACAUCGAUGCGGACAGCCUGGAGAAGAUCUGCGACCUGGGCCGCGGGGCCUACGGCAUUGUGGAAAAGAUGCGGCACCGGCAAACCGAUACGGUGCUCGCCGUCAAGCGCAUACCCAUGACCGUGAACAUACGCGAGCAGCACCGCCUGGUCAUGGACCUGGACAUAUCGAUGAGGUCCAGCGACUGCCCCUACACGGUGCACUUCUACGGGGCGAUGUAUCGCGAGGGCGACGUCUGGAUCUGCAUGGAGGUGAUGAGCACCAGCCUGGACAAGUUCUAUCCGAAGGUCUUCCGCCACGAUCUGCGCAUGGAGGAGAGCGUGCUGGGCAAGAUUGCCAUGAGCGUGGUCAGUGCGCUGCACUAUCUGCACGCCCAGCUGAAAGUGAUCCAUCGGGACGUCAAGCCCUCCAACAUACUGAUCAAUCGCGCCGGCCAGGUCAAGAUCUGUGACUUUGGCAUCUCAGGCUACCUCGUGGACUCCAUUGCCAAGACCAUCGAUGCCGGCUGCAAGCCGUACAUGGCCCCGGAGCGCAUCGAUCCCCAGGGCAACCCGGCGCAGUACGACAUCCGGUCGGACGUGUGGUCGCUGGGCAUCAGCAUGAUCGAAAUGGCCACCGGCCGCUACCCGUACGACAACUGGCGGACGCCCUUCGAGCAGCUGCGCCAGGUGGUGGAGGACGACCCGCCGCGCCUGCCGGCGGGCACCUUCUCGCCGGAGUUCGAGGACUUCAUCGCCGUCAGCCUGCAGAAGGAGUACAUGGCGCGGCCCAACUACGAGCAGCUGCUCCGGCACAGCUUCAUCGUGGACCACCUGCAGCGCAACACGGACAUCUCGGAGUUCGUGGCCAGGAUACUGGACCUGCCCGACAACCAGCCGGCGCAGUAGGUUGAUGGCCGGGCCGCCGGUCAGUGGUUAACCCAUGGCGCCCCCCACAACCCCCCGAGCCGAGCCCGCGCCCGUGCCCGUGUAAAUUGCCGCCGUCUUCUUCUAGCAUGCAUUUCGUACAUGUCGUGUGUGUCCCCCGUCUGCGUGCCAGCGAAACCAGCCCAUUAUAUAUGAAGGAAAUCCAAGGAAACCCAACAGCAAUCAGCUAAUCUAAAGAUUCAGAAGUGGAAACUGCAUAAUUAUUAAUUUAAGUGAGAAGCAAACAGCAACAUAACCGUUACUAGCAAUCCUGCAACAUGCAACCUGCAACCUGCAACAUGCAAUCUUCGCCUUGCAACGCUCAAAAAUGGAUAACCAAACCGUGCCUCCCAGCUGGCGAUGCUGCUGUCUUAAAGAGUAAUACCAUUUUAAUAUAUAUUUUUAAACAAAUAAUAGCUUAGUCAACGAAACAAAAACACAAACACAAACAGAAGCAAGAGCAGAAGCAGAAGCAAGCAAACAAUGAAUGUAAAAACGUACUAAACCUAAAUGAUAAAUUGUAAACAUUUUGAACACCAAAAUAGCCGAACAGAAAGUGUAAUGGUAAUUAUAAUUGUUUAACAAAUAUAUAUUACGAGAAAUA